UCAGCAGAAAAAUUUCUGGAAUAACAAAAACAGGCAAGGCAAAAUUACCCGUAUCCGAACCGAGUCGAAAAUCCGUCCCUAAACAUGAACUGGCACACGGGCAACAUUGCGGAGGCCGUGGCGGAAUCAAAGGCCAAGGACGCCGUCUUCGUGGUCUUCAUAGAGGGCCAGGAUGAGAUGUCGCGAAAGCUGGAACGAUUCGUGGACGACAGCCGGGUGCGAUCUCGCCUGGAAACCUCCGACUUUGUGGCCAUCAAAGUCCAGGGAAAUAGCUCCGCCUACGGACAGUUCAUGUCGCUAUACAAAGUCGUGCCCGUUCCCUCGCUCUUCUUCAUUGGCAAGGCGGGCACUCCUCUGGCCAUAGCCACUGGGAUCACGGCCAGCGUGGAGGAGCUCUCGGAUAAGAUCGACCAGGUCCUGGUCCUGGCGGGAAAGCGAACGGAGGCCGAGGCAGCCGCCAGCAGCUCCUCCUUUGUGGAGGCACUGGAACCUAAUGCGGUUAGGAGCUUCGCGGGCGCAGAUGAUUCGAACAGUUUGAGCAAUGAGGAUUCAGUUCAAGCCCCAGAAAAAUUCGAGGAACCUGAGACAACUUCAAUUUCAAACUUACCAACUGAAGAGUUGGAGGAACCCAAAACGAAUCCUCCGAAUUCCCCUGCAGCAGCCAGUUUCGCCUCGAUUCCUGCUGAUCUCUCAACCUCCAGCUUGGAAGGAAACCCCAGUUCAGAAGCGGAGAACGCCACAGUUUCCCCAGCCGCCUUGGCAGCCGAAAAGCGAGCCGCAGCCAGCAAAGUAGAGGGUUCGGCAUCGACAUCAGGGGCAGCUGCCCGGAAUUUCGCCACCACUAAUCUCAUACCAACUGUACCAUUGCUCACACCUGCUGUUCCAGCUUCGAUACAGCGACCGGCGGAGGGACAGGGAAUCACUGAAUCUGAGGAGAGGAUGGCGGAGGUCCGGAACCUUCUGGAGGAGAAGCGCAGAGAGCGUGUGGAGGAGGAGAAGCGCCGCGAGAAGGAGAACGAGCUGCGCCGACGCAAGGAGGGACGGGAGGCGCAGACCCAGCAGGCAAAGAACAAGGAGCAGGAACUCAAGAAUAUGCAGGAACAAAUACGCCGCGAGCGUCAGCAGGAGCAGCAGGCCAGGGAGCGCAUCCGCGCCCAGAUCGCUGCUGAUCGCGCGGAGCAGGCGCAACGUUUCAACACAUCGGAUUUGAACAGCACUAGCCACUCGGCCACCGCUGCCUCCAAUGCCAUCACUACCGAGUCGUCUGUCAGUUCUGUGGACGAGACGAGGCUGCAGAUCCGCCUGCCCGGUGGCAUACAACGCACCAAAUCCUUUCCCGCCGGUGAGGUGCUGGCCACCGUGCGUGUGUAUGUGCGCAACGAGCUGUUGGCGGCGAGCGAUGUGCGUGACUUCACCCUGGCCACCAGUUAUCCCCGGCGGGAGUUCCAAACGGAGGACGAGGUCAAGACCCUGAGUGAGCUGAAUCUAGUGCCCAAUGCGGUGGUGCUGGUGCUGACCAAGGACCAAGUGAAUCGUGUGGUGCGCAGCGGUGGCUCUCUGAUGACCAUGCUGGCCACGGUCAUUUGGGCCAUGCUCACGCCGGCAGCCAAGGCUUUCGACUACAUUCACAAGAUGGGACUGCGACCGCUUACCCAGAAGUUGAGCGUGCUGAUGGCCAACAUCCGGUGGCCAGGACAGCAGGCCAAUGUGGAAAUUCAACAGGGCGACGCAGCCGCCCGUCGCAACAUGGAUAUGUUCACCCUGCGACCAACACCGGCACCAGGCUAUAAUGACUACGAUGAGCCUUCGACGUCGAGGCCAACGACGACUCCUGGCGGAGGGGCAGCAGACAGACCCACUCCACAAACGCAACCGGGACCAGGAAGUACUCCUUCUGCGCAUAACACCCAGUCGCAGCAAUUCCAACAGCGACCCGGUGGAUAUCAGCCGCCUAAAUACGGCGAUUCGAACAUUCGCAGACUGCAGGAUACAAAGAAGGACGAAAAAGAUAAGGACAAGGCCACUUACAAUGGGAACUCCACGCAGCAGCAAUAGAACUAUACUUUCGUUCUCCAGCAAUCUGUUUAACACCAGUUUAGAUAUCAACCUAUGCAAUAACCUGUUAUGCUAAAUUUAAUUAUACCAAUUCAAUAUUCCAAAAUAUAUAUAUUCGAUGUGUUUUAA